AUCGUCGGAUAAGAUUCCAAUGGGUGAACUUGAACAGCUAUUUUCUGCUCCUUUUUUGUACCAAAAUCGACAUGAGUACUCCAUAGAUCUACCUUCCCUUUCGAGUGAAGGGUACACAGAGCAUGUGUCUCCUGCUUCAUCGUCGGGUGUGAGCUCGGAGGACUCGAAUGCGUCAAAACAAGGCGAUUUCUGCGAUGGAACUCUCAGGCUGAUAAACCAAAUGAUUAUGGAGGAAGAUGAUUUGGAAAGUAAGACCUGUAUGUUUCAACAGGGCUUGGCUCUCCAAGCCACCGAGAAAUCCUUCUACGAUGCUCUUGGUAAGGAAUACCCGGAUUCGACUUUUUCCAAUCAUUUGAUUCAAAAUCCUCGUGCUUUCACCUUUGAUGGAAGUACUAGGACCCCAGAUGGUGGUCAAAGUAGCAACAGCUUUGGUUUUGUCCACGGCUUUGUUGGCCAGUGGCUUUUGCAGUCAAUUAUCCCUUCAAAAGGUGGAUCCGGUGAUGGGUUAGUCGACAAUCUUUUUAGUCCGUCACAUGUUUUAGAAUCGUCGUCCUAUGGGAGCACAGGAGAAGAAGAUGAGAAUAAGCAGGAGAAGUCGCCAAAUAGAUCAAUAGGAAAGAAAACCCAUGAUCGAGAGGACAAAGGCGAUUUUGUGGAUGGUGGCAGGGGUAAAAAGCGUAUGGCUAGUUUUGCCGAAGAGUCCAAUUACCAUUUUGAGAUAUACGACAAAGUCUUACUCUGCCCUCUCUUGAAUCCCCAUUUGCAUGAGCACUCCUCACUAGUUCUUGUGCAUGAUCAUGAUGCCUCUCCAACUGGGGCAGGCAAAAAAUUGCGAAAAAAACAGAAGGAACCAUUAAUAGGGUCCAGUGAAGGAGAAAGAGAGCGUCGUAAGAAAGAUGGCAACAAGAAGGAAGUGGUGGAUUUGACGACCCUCCUGUCUGAGUGCGCGAGAGCUAUUUCAAGAGCUGAUAUUAGUAGUGUCAACAACCUCCUAAAUGGGAUUAGACAACACUCUUCUCCUUACGGGGACGGAAUCGAAAGAUUGGCACAUUACUUUGCUAAUGCACUUGAGGCGCGUGUGGCUAGAAUCGGGCCAACUUUAUAUGCUGGUCUUACCACCAAGUGGAUUUCAGCUGCGGAUGUCAGGAGAGGCUAUGAGAUAUAUGUCAAAGCGUGCCCUUUCAAUUGGAUGUCUAAUAGGUACGCAAAUAGAUCAAUUGAAACACUAGUUCAUGAUUCACAAAGGCUUCACAUCAUCGAUUUCGGUAUUUUGUAUGGGUUCCAAUGGCCUUGUCUUAUCCAGAGGUUCUCCAUGAGGCCUGGUGGGCCGCCUAAGAUCCGCAUUACGGGUAUCGACUUUCCUCAACCAGGUUUACGCCCAGCUGAAAUGGUUGAGGAAACGGGGCAAAGAAUUGCGAUGUACUGCAAGAGAUUUGGUGUCCCAUUUGAGUUCAAUGCCAUAGCGCAGAAAUGGGACACAAUCAAGCUUGAGGAUCUCAAGAUUGAGAGUAACGAGGUUCUUGUUGUCAAUUGUUCGUACAGGCUAAAGAACAUGCUAGAUGAGAUGGAGACGGUGAAUUGUCCACGUGAUGCUGUUCUCAACUUGGUGAAGAGGAUCAAUCCGGAUAUAUUCAUUCAUGGAGUUCAAAAUGGGUAUUAUAAUGCCCCAUUCUUCCUCACACGAUUCAGGGAAGCGAUCUUCUAUUUCUCUUCGUUAUUUGAUAUGUUUGACACUGUUGUACCGCGUGAAGACGAUGGGAGGCGGAUGCAUGAGGAGGAGGUGUGGGGAAGGGUUAUUAUGAAUGUGAUCGCGUGUGAGGGUACUGAGAGGGUUGAGAGGCCCGAAUCGUAUCAGCAAUGGCAAGUCAGGAACGUCCGUGCUGGAUUCACACAGCUCCCGUUGAACCAAGAAAUUAUGAGGGAAUUGAGGGCUACAGUGAAGCAGCAUUACAAUAAGAAUUUUGUGGUGGAUGAGGAUGGGAAAUGGAUGGUUCAAGGAUGGAAGGGUCGGAUCAUGUUUGCUCUCUCCUGUUGGAAGCCUACUAAGUAG